CAAAGGUGAAGAAAUCACCGGAUUGAAAUCAGACAUUCAAAAGAUAGGGCAAACUCUUCAGGACUCUGAGAAGGAGUGGCUAUCGGUCCUGGAUAGAGAGAUGCAGGAUAAAUAUCUCAUUGCGGAGCAGUUGAAAAGUGUUGAAAAUGAAAUUAGGUCAAAAGAUUUUAAAGUUCAAGCAUUGAAACAAGACCUAGAUAGUUUGCAUGAAAAGUUGGCAGAGGCAGCAACAGCAAUUAGACAGGGUUCAGAUCUGCUUAAAGCGAAAGAGGUAGAGGCAUCCACAUCCAGGGUUCAGACUGAAAACAUCUUAGUAUCUGUUAAGGAAAAAGACAAGCAUAAUAUUGAAUUGAGGCAGGCUCUUCAAGAUAUGGAAAGUGAGUUAAGACAAUUAGAGGUCAGCAAAGAGUGUUCUGACAAAGAUUUGUCUGUAUUGUCACUAACCAUGUCUGAUAGAUUAGUUGCUUUAGAGGAGGAAAAUGUCUCCCUACAAACUAUGCUCAAACAGUUGAGAGAAAGACAUCAGUGUGAGGUAGAUUCUUUGAGGGGUGAAUUAAAUGAAGUUUCGGAAUUGUUGAAACGGACAGAGUCUACCCUUAACGAUAAAGAAAUGGGCUAUCAAAGUAAGAAUCAACAGAAUGUUUUAUUUCAAGAAAAUAUACAGCACCUUCAUGCACAGCUCCAAACUGAGACUGAACAUCUGAGAGAGGCAGGUAUUAAACAGACAGCUCUACUUAGUGACAUCCAAACGAAAGAUGAGCAGGUCAGCUGCAUGACCAUCCAAAUAAGUCACCAGAAGGAAUUGCUAGCAGGUCUCAGUCAACAGUUGAGGGAGAAAGAUGCUUCAGUAGCACAGGUAAUUGAAUCCGCCUCAAACGAAAGAAUGAAAUACGCAGAGGAAAAUAGUAAUUUCCUCUCGCAGCUGGAAAGCUUGGAAAAUGCACAAAGUAGCUCUAUGACACAGCUUGAACAUAUGUUCUUGCAACUAGAAGAGAGCAAAGCUCAUCUGUCACGCUCUCAAAGUGAACUUGAGACCAAGGAUUUGCAGAAUGUAGAUUUGGUUAAAGAAAAGGAUCAUCUCAACACUCAGCUCACUAAGUUAACCAAAGAAAAAGAGGUAAUGAAAAAGAAGCUCCAAGCUGCUCUGGUUGUAAGGAAAGAACUAUUGAAGAAGCUAGAGGAGCAUGAACAUCAAAUAGAGCAGAAUGUGAAUAAAGGAAUUGAGAUUUCAGGCUUACAGGAUAGGUUGCAAGAACUCACUUUACAAGCUCAAGCUACUACAAAAGAGCAUGAAGACAAUGUUGCAGAUAUUAAACGGCAAGUUAAUCAGAAAGAGGGUGAACUCCUAGAACUGGCCAAGGUCUUAACAGUGCGAGACAGUCUUGUAGAACAUUUUGAAAUAAAUAUGCAAACUUUGCAAGCGAAACUAGAUGAACAAGAAGCAAGUUUGACAACCGCUCUGCAUAAUCUCAAUGAAAAGAGCAUCAUCAUUGAUCAACUUAAUUCCAUAAUCUCUGAGAAAGACGAGGCUUUUGAACAGGAGAGAAGUGGUAUGAUGCUGAGGUUAGAGAAGCUUCAAGAGGAUAUGAGAAAGAGCGAGGAGAGUUUGAAGGAGGACAUGUCAAGCUCCAGUGCGACAGCUGUUGACAUUGAAAACGAGUUAACAAAGGUGAAGCAAGAAAAGGCAAUGAUGCAGAAAAAGGCUCAAGCUGCUUUACUGGCACGAAAAGAGACUAUAAAGAAGUCUCAAGAAAGUGAGAAAAAGUACACCCAAGAGCUUUCAGAAUUAAAAGAUGAUUAUAAAGCACUCCUGGAACAACACUGUCAGCAGACCAAUGACCUUAAUGCUGUCCAGUUAAGUUACGACCAGAAGGUCAAGAAAUUUGAAGAAAUCAGUCAGGCCUCAGUCUCUCAGCUAGGUGAAUUGGAGACCCUAAGACUGCUUGUACAGGAACGGGAUAAAACUCUUCAAGACCUCAACAUAUCCCUAUCAGACAGGGAGAGUCAAGUCCAUGCCUCCUCAUCAUAUCAAGCAGAGCUAGAAACCCUUCACUUCAAACUGGAAAGCAUGUCCUCUGAGUUGGCAAAUAAGGACAAGGUUCUCAUAGCACUGGAACAGAAGUCCAAAGCAUUAUCUGAGCGAAUGAGCUGCACAGAAAGUCAACUUGAAAAAGCCCAUGCAGAGAUAAAGGAGAAGAUGGAAGAGCUCGCAAGACAGCAACAAGCAGUGGAGAUGGCCGAGCAGCAGCACCAGCAGGAAAAACAAACUAUGGUAGAUGACCACCUGGUGCUGCAGAACCAGUUGGGCCCAUUACAAGCCACAGUGGAGGAGCUAAAACACACAUUAGAAGCACUUGUUGGUGAGAAAGAAUCCCAGUCGCACAAAUGUAUAAGUGAAAGCAAAGAACUAAUAGAGGACAGGGAUCGAAUGAAAGGAGAGCUGGAGAAUGCACUCACUACCAUCGCCCAGCAAUCGUCUGAACUUCAAAUCCUCCAAAACACUUGGGCUGAAACUCAACAGCAACUCGGUGAAGAAAAGGAACAGCUUAAAGUGGAGCUUGAAAAAGCACAGUCCCAUUCUGCAGAGUCCCAGGCUGAAAUGGAAAGUCUUAAGCUGCACAUGGAAUCACUACAGCAGGAAAAAGAAAGCGCCUUCAUGGUCAUAGAACAAUUAAACUGUGAAGUUGCCAUGCUGGAUGCUCAGCUAAAGGAAGCUGGAAAAGUACAUGAGGAGCUUCUUCAAAAGAUACCUGGUUUGCAGGAUAAGUCCUCUGAACAGAUUGGGGUAAUUGGGAAGGAGGUCCAGUAUCUUAAGAUAUCCCCCGAAGAACAUGAGAUGAGUCUCAAGGAAAGAGAUGAUGCCCUGGUGAUUUCUCAGUCUCUGGCCACGGAAAAGGAAGAGCUUAUUGCUGCCUUGGAACAGCAACUGCAGCGGCAGAUUCACCUUCACGAAGUUGCCAUGGAAAAGAUGAGGACUGAAGUUGAUGAGCUUCAGCAGAGGUCUCAAGAAGAUGCCAGCAAAACAAAGGAUCAGGGCAACCAAAGCAAAACAGCACUUCUCACCAGGAAGCUUCAAGCAGCCUUAGUUUCCAGGAAAGAAAUCUUGAAAGAUAAUAGUUCUCUGAAGGAACAAAUGCGUAUACUCUCAGCUAAAAAUGAAGAAAUUGGGGCAUCAUCCACUGUACUGGAAAUGUCUGUUGCAAAGUUGAAACAACAAAAAGAGGACCUGGAUAGUUCGGUAUCAUCCCUGAGCAGGGAGAAAGAGAAGCUCAUUGCCGAGGUUGAUCGCAUCCUCAAUGAUAAUCACAAUUUAUCUGCAGCCUGUGAAAGCCUCAAACUCACCAUAGAAAAUAUCACCCAACAGAAACAGGCAUUUUCGUGUCAGCUUGAGUCCCUGAAAGACUCGCAGACGGAUGAGUUGUCGGAGUGGAAAUCUAAGCACACAGAGCUGAAACAGGAGUAUGAGUCACUUUUACAAGCGUACGAGAAUGUCAGUAGCGAAAUGGACAAGAUGAGACAACUAUUGGAGGGGGCAAGAAGAGAGAGACAAGAAGCGCUCGUUAAAGCACACAAAUCUGAAGCUGAGAGGGAGAAUCUGGAGAAACAAGUUGGGGAGAUGGAGGAUGAAAAUGAGAAAAUUAAAGAGAAGAUGAGAAAGUUUACUAAGGCGAAGCAGCUGAAAAUGGAAGAGCUGGAGGAGGAGAAUAAACAAAUCAGAAUAGACUUGCUAGAGUUUGAUGAAAAGCAGAAAGCCACAGUUGAAGAGUUGACUAUUAAAAACAACCACUUGGAAGCAGAGAUCCACAGCCUUGUAGAGUCCUCAGAAGCACUCAGAAGGAAGCUAACAGAGAUUCAGCUCAACAAUGGCAGUCUGGCAGAGGCACUCAAAGAAGCAACCUGUUCAUUAGAAAAGUGGCCCACCGAAUCAAAAGCAUGUGAGCAAAACAUGCAGCUUAAACUAGAUGAUGCACUCAUUUUGAAUAAUUCACUGACUGCCCAGAUUGAGUCACAGAAGACAGAACUCGCUUCCCAACAGGAAAUCAAUACAUUAAUGCAAAAGGGGAAAGAAACUCUCUCUGAAAGAAUUAAACAAAUGCAGAAUACGCAUGAAAAGGAAUUGGGAGAAAAAGACGAUGCAAUCUCAGAGCUCCAAGAAAUGAUCAACAGACACAGCCAAGAGACCACCAGCCUAAAUGAGAAGGUCAGGAUCUUGGAGGACGACAAGUCUAUAUUACAAGAGGAGCUUGAAAAUGUCCAAGAGAUCUCGGACAAAGUAAAAAAUGAGAAUGAAUAUUUGGAGAUAGUGAUCCUCAAAAACGCUGAAAGAAUUGAUGAACUGACAGAGACAGUCAAUGUUCUCCAAGCCCAGAACACACAGCUCUCCUCUCAAUUGACUGAGAGCAAAGAGAAGGCUACUCAGGUUUGCCAGGAGAAGGAGGAACAGCAGCUGAAGUUGGUUAAGGAGUUUGAGGAGAAACUCAAAAUGUUCCAGAGAGGCAAUGAGGGCUCCAGAAAUAUAAAGAAGGAGCUACAGGAACUGCUGAAAGAAAAGCAUCAUGAAAUCAAUCAUUUGCAACAUGACUCCAUCAAAUACCAGGAGCUGAUCUUAGACCUAGAAAGGUCUCUGAAGGAUUCAGAGUCAGCGCAUGAACAGGUGGAGAAGGAGCUGAGGGAAAUGACAGAGAGGAUAUCUUGUCUAGAAGAAGGGAGGAAGCAUCUUGAAGCUGAGCUUACCACACACAAGAACCUUCUCAAUGAGGCAAAGAAAGAUUUGACAAACAUUAGCUCUGAAAAAGACCAAUUGGUUGAGGUAGUAUCAGAAAAGAACAAUCAAUCAGAAUGUCAGGUCAUGGAGAGAACUAAAGCACUACAGCAUGUAGCUGAGCAGCAAAAGAGUAUUUUCAUGGAGAGGGAGGUAAUUUUACAGCAACAUAUAGAGGAACUUCUGGGUUCCAAGGAGAAGGAGAGUCAGGUAGUUUUAGAAUUGAAGAGGAAAAUAGAUUCUCAAGAUUUACAGAUGAAUACUCUGAAGAGAGAGGCUGACACUAAUUUGGCUAAGUUAGCAGCCCUGUCCUCUAGUCCUCAGGGUACCGAUGCUGUGAAACAGUGGAAUGAUAUGUUCCUAAAUACCUUGCAUGAGAAGGACAGCCAGCUUCUAGAACAGGGCUUUGUCAUAACGAGAUUCCUUGAAGACAUUCGAGUGAAGGAGAAGGAGAUGACUGAACUGCAGGUAACCAAGUCGAGGCUCGAAAGGACACUUGGUGAUUACACAGUAGCUGCCACAGCUCAGCAGAGGCAGUUGUUUAUAAUGGGUGCCAGCAAUAGAGAGCUUAACGAAACCGUGGAGCUCCUGAAUCAACAGUUGCAGGAACUGAGUGACCAGGUUGAGAGAUUAGAACAGGAUAGGAGUGCACUCAACAGACAUCUCACUGGCAGUGUAGAUUCCACAUCUAAAAUGGAGUUUGAUCUCCAGCAGCUGGAAAAUACACUCUUAGACACAGAGUCCCAGCUACUCCUCUCGCAGUCUCACAGUGACAUGCUUCAGGUUGAUUCUGAGAAACAGGAGGCCAUUUCACUGCACCUGAAGUCACUCCUGCAGAACAAAGAUGCAGAAAUCUCCUCUCUGCUGUCCUCCAGAGAUGGACAGAUGUCUGGGUAUCUAGAACAGCUGCAAGCCAAUCACCGUGCCCAGGUUGAAGGCUACGAGGACAGAAUAACUGCCUUGUACUAUGAAAGGGAGAAAGCUGACAAGGAGUUCAGAAGGCUGGAGAACAAAGUCAAAUCCCUUCAAAUGAAAGUUGACAAGUCCAUUCAGGAAAAGGAAAAAAUGGCUGCUCAGAUGGAAACAUUCAGGAACUCCAUGGUCUCCUUGCAGACAGAGAGAGAGCGUUUGAUGUCAGAAUAUAGGAUGUCUGAGGCAAGGAAUCAGACUGUAAUGCAAGGCAAGGAGGGGUCGGCUGAAGGAGACCUCAGUGCAACCAAGGGCCUUAAACACGAGAUUAGGACUCUCCUUCAUCAGAUGGAUGAUCUGAACUCUGAGAAUGCCAUGCUCAGGGCACAGCUGAUCAGAUAUAGAGAAGACUUGAAUCAGGUCCUCUUCUUGAAGGACAGCCAGUUGAAAGAGUUGCUCAGGAAGCAGCAAGAUGCCAUCAAAAACCUGGAAAACCAAAAAGCCACAGCUGAAAAGCAGAACCGGAAGACCCUUCUGGAACUCGAGAGGGAAGGAGAGGCAAGCGAUGCCUUAAAAGCUGCGAAUUCCAAACUUCAAACACAGGUCACUGAUCUGGAAGCUAACAUAUUGGCCAUGAAUAAGGGAAUGCAAGAAACGAAUAAAGGCAAAGUGAUUGCCGACUUGCAGCAUGCCGUGGCGGCUAAAGCUGCGGAAUGUAACGACCUCCAGCAAAAACUGUUUGCACAGAAAGUGGCAGCGGAUGACUGGAAAGGCAGCCUGCAGCUCCUGGAGCGUGAGACUGAGAAGAAACUGGGAGAGGCAGAGGACAAGUACAACAGUGAGCUCGAUGCCUUUGAACAAGAAGUCGAACUGAUGAGAAACGAGAAGGAGACCGCUGACCAGAGGGUUGCUGAGCUGGCCAGGGACCUGAUGCAAGCUGAGAAGCUGCUGUCCGAUUCUAGAGUCCAAAGCACGGACCUGAAGUCCCAGAACGAGUCUCUGGGUAAAGCCAUGGCCACCUUGCAGAAUGACCGCGACCAGCUCAUCGAGGACUUCAAGAUCCUCCGGAACCGAUAUGACAAGGAGCUCCGAGAGACCCAGGGGGCCAUGACCAAGGUGGAGAGACAUCUAGGCGACACAACCUCGGAGCUGGCCACCUUGGCGAAAGAGAGACACAUACUGGUACAGAAACUCUCUGCUCUAGAGAGCAAAGAUGUUCCCUCCCAGCUCACUUCACUGGUAGACGAGCUGUCUGUGGCCUUGUCAGUGAAGGAAGGGCAGCUCCAACGGGUUUCCAUGGAAAACGACACGUAUAGCAGUAAGGUAUCGGCUUUCUCUAGGUCCAUGGCCAGCCUCCAAGAUGACCGAGACCGGCUGAUGGAGGAGCUGGCUGGGGCAAAGAGGGCAUUCGAGUCCAGGCAAGGAUUAGGUCCAGAGGUAGUAGACAUCGCCAACACAGGGGAGUCAAAUAGCCAUAGAAGCAGUGGUAUUCAGGCCCUUCAGACUGGGAGAGAUGGGCUGGAGACGAGACAGAGGGUGGAUGAGCUGCAGAGCGCCUUGCAGCAGGCACAGGCCUUCAAACUGCAGACUGAAACAGAAGUCAGCGGGUACCAGGCAGAGCUGGCUGAACUGAGGUCAGAGAGUAGCAGGCUGCAGGCUGAGUGCCAGCGUCUGGCUGGGGAGAGGAAGGAGACCAUGGCCCUGGUGGGGAAGGAUGUGUCUGAUGACCCGUCACUGACCCAGCUCCAGGCGGAGAGAACUCAGCUGCAGAGUCACCUGCAGCGCUGCCUCUAUGAGAUCCAGCAGAGAGAUCUGCACUGCCAGCAGCUCAACGCCAAGCUGCAGCAGGUGGUGGAGGAGAAAGGGGGUGUGUCGGCCCAGCUGAGGGCAGUGUCUCAGACGCUGAGAGACACCCAGAACCGCUGCUAUUGGCUGGAGAACCAGGCCCUGCCUAACCAGCACCACCAGGGCCUUGCAAAGCAGGGGGCGGUGUCUGUAGAAGUGGCUCCGGGAGCUCCCCAGGAGAGGAGCAGUGCUGUGGUAGACAUGGAAGCACUGGAGGCCGGCGAGCUCAGGACCAGGCUGGUGGAGGUGGAGCAGAGUGUGGUUCAGCUAAGUGAGAGUCUGGCUGAAGAGAGGACCAGGAGGGAAGCAGCCGAGGAAGCUCUGGGACUGGCUGAGGACAGAGCCAAGAGCGUUGACUCCAGUCCAUCCAGGACGACCCAGAGAGACUUCAGCAUCCAGCUGGAUACAGAGGAGGAGUGGGAGGCCCUCAUCCUCAACCCCAACGAACCCCUGGUCACACGCAAGGUGAAAGGCGGGAUGCUGGCCUGCAGGCGCUGGCUUCGGGGGCGGAGCCUGUACUGCUCCAAGCUGCUGACAUCACGGGCCCGCUCGCGCUACCUCUUCCUUGGCUACCUGCUGAUUCUGCACGUGGCUGUCCUCAUGUGCCUCACCGGCGCCCUCUAGUGCUGUGGGGUGAAAACAAUCACAAAUUGCAGAUAGAAAUAUAAUUUAUAGAGCAGACUGAGGCACGUUUCCUCCAUGACAAAGACAGUUUGUUCUGCGCAAUGUUUUUCUAUGUAGUUCACUUGACGCUGGGGGUGUUAACAUUGCAGAUACAAAUGUCAUGUGUAGACAAGACACCAUGGCCCGUUUCCUCCACGACAAAGAGGAAUGUCUGUUCUACUCCAUUUCGAGGUAGUUAACCAUGUCUUUUUCCCCUGGAAUGUUAUUCCACCUUUCAGAAUAAGCUGCAGGUUUUUGUCUAGUAUCCAGAGUUUUCAUAAGAGUGAGGGCUUUUGGGGUGUGUCUCAAGUCUUGUGGCUUCUUCGCCUCGCCUCCUACCCUUGGUUCUCACUGGUCUGAAAAGAAAAUGGACAGCUGAAAGUGGGUCCUUUGGUUAGAUCCUACCUUCUUGUUUUCACCCAUUUUUUUGUCAGAUCAGUACAGAUGGAGGCGAGAGGAAGAAGACUGUUAUUGACUAUUAAGACUCAGCUUUUGGAGUGUCUCAGGAGAAAGUGCCGUUUCGAUCCUGUCGAUCCAUGUGUUAAAGCCUGAGACGGAACAGAAAGCCAUAUCCACAUCUAUAUGAACGCUAGCCUAAGACGUGCGUACGUACGUGUGUGUGUGUGUGUGUGUGUGUUUGAAACACAUUUGUGUGCGCAGGUGUGUGUGUUCAUUUGCACGUGUACAAGAAAUAAACACUAGUCCACUGUAACCUCAUUUAGAUUCACCUUGGAGAACAAAGACUGGUGUAAGUCUAAGAUGAUUCAUCAACAACAUGAUGGAACUGCCCCACUCAGACUGAUGCUGAUGUCUGGCAAGACACAGAUACGGUAUUUCAGGAGAGAAGGGUGGGAAAAGCCAAUAGUACUAUUUCUGCAAAGAUGCCUAUGUAAUUGCACUGCUGCUCAACCCUUCUCCCCAAUACCAAACCCACUGUGUGCUCAACCUGGCACUACCAGGCCAUGGCAUAAUGUUCCCUUUGGCACCCCCUGGUGUCUCCUGGGUAAUAACUGUCUCAUGGUGGCCUUGGCACAAUUCUAAGGUCUAUUCUAUAGCUGCUGCAUUCAAAGCUAUGCACUAAAAAUCAGGGGGUGUUUUUUUCCCUUCUCUCCUUCAGCAAAGAUAUUCAACAUAAUGUAGGGCCAGGAGUUUUAUCUGACCACGUGUCCUGAUAAGGAAAUACUGAUCUGGACCCUAGUAAUAGGAUCUAACUGGCCCCUAGUAAUAGGAUCUAACUGGACCCUAGUAAUAGGAUCUAACUGGACCCUAGUAAUAGGAUCUAACUGGACCCUAGUAAUAGGAUCUAUCUGCACCCUAGUAAUAGGAUCUAUCUGCACCCUAGUAAUAGGAUCUAACUGGCCCCUAGUAAUAGGAUCUAACUGGAACCUAGUAAUAGGAUCUAUCUGCACCCUAGUAAUAGGAUCUAACUGGCCCCUAGUAAUAUGAUCUAACUGGCCCCUAGUAAUAGGAUCUAACUGGAACCUAGUAAUAGGAUCUAUCUGCACCCUAGUAAUAGGAUCUAACUGGCCCCUAGUAAUAUGAUCUAACUGGCCCCUAGUAAUAGGAUCUAACUGGCCCCUAGUAAUAGGAUCUAACUGGCCCCUAGUAAUAGGAUCUAACUGGACCCUAGUAAUAGGAUCUAACUGGCCCCUAGUAAUAGGAUCUAACUGGCCCCUAGUAAUAGGAUCUAACUGGCCCCUAGUAAUAGGAUCUAACUGGCCCCUAGUAAUAGGAUCUAACUGGCCCCUAGUAAUAGGAUCUAACUGGCCCCUAGUAAUAGGAUCUACUGGACCUUAGUAAUUGGAUCUAUCUGGAACCUAAAGGUUUUACCUUGUCAGAUCACAUGGUCUGAAGAAUAUCUUCCUACCUGUUUGUGAGCAUGUACCCUGGUAAGUGUGUAAGUAAGAUGUUGUAUUUAAGGGUGGAGUGUAAAAGGGUGCGAGUGUGCACCCUUGAAAGUCUACUGUGUGUAUUUAUGUAUCUGUAUUUGUUGCUCUGUGCCCCCCAAUGCUCUGUUGUUCACUGUACAUUUCUACUUCAUCUGUUGAUUGAUUACAUGCUGAUUUAAUCACUUGAUUGAUAGUGCAGGGUGGCAAUUCACAAAGCAGGAGACAAUAUGUCAGCCAUCUUGCUUUGAGACAAUUUGGGAUAUAAUUCGUAUUUCUCUGGUUCAUAUCUCAUCUGUUUCAAGUUUAGCAUGGGAAGUACUGAGAGAAUGUCAUACUUAUAACAAGUGUGUUUUACCUCUCUGCACUAGGAAAUAUGAAGCCUGACUGACAAGCUGUUUGUUUGUGCCAUCAUGCCAACUCUUUCUCACUCAUUGUUAUACCAAACACGUUUGGCUUGACAAUGAGCAAUGGAGUUGGCCAGAACACAAACCGAUUUGGGACCAGGAUAGGAAAUCUGGUGUUUCAGAAUAUUUACGGUAGUUAGCCAGCUGAGCUAAAAACAUUGCUCCUGCUUUGUGGGAUACCACCAUAGAGAAUGAUAGAGGCCUCUAGUGGCCAAAAGGCUGUAUUAGCAUGGGCAGCGCCACUGAGGGCUUCCACCAAUUUUAAUGUAGUCAACUGGGUUGGACUUCCAACUUCAUUGGCUGAUCCCUCCUGGUAACCCUGUUGGAGUCAUGUCCAACCGGGUCAUUAGGAGGGAUCAGCUAAUCGUGAAGAAGAAGAUUGACUACUUCAAUGACACUGCCCAUGCUGUCAGACGCUGUAAUGGCACAGAUACAAAGAUAAUGGAUACCACCCUGUUCUAACGUUGGUGUUGUGGUGCCGUGGUCCUGAUGGCCUGUAGAUGAGUCCUCUAUCUAUCUCUAUGGAUACCACCCUGUUCUAACGUUGGUGUUAUGGUACCGUGGUCCUGAUGGUCUGUAUAGAUGAGUCCUCUAUCUAUCUCUAUGGAUACCACCCUGUUCUAACGUUGGUGUUGUGGUACCGUGGUCCUGAUGGUCUGUAUAGAUGAGUCCUCUAUCUAUCUCUAUGGAUACCACCCUGUUCUAACGUUGGUGUUGUGGUCCUGAUGGUCUGUAUAGAUGGUGUGAUUGAGGAAAGGAUGACAAAAUACAUCUAUUUAUAAGAGGAAAUGCUACUGAGUGAAACCGAAAUGUCAUAUUUUCUAAAUAGGCUCUAUUUUUUUGAAGUGAAAUCGUUUGGACAGCAAUACUAUCCUAUCCAGGCAUGAAUGGGUUCAAUACCUUGAGGUUGACUUUCACGAAGAAAGGAAUUUUAAUAAAUCUGUUUGAAAAAUACAA